ACCAGCAGAAUGAACAUGGCGAUAACCUCCAAUGGAGAAAACAAACAAACUUGACCAUCUCCCAUCGCACACACUUAUAAAUUUGAACAGACAUCAUGCCCCUUCGACCUCUACUAGAGCCACCUUAAGUAACACUAACUUACAUUUCAAUAAUUAAUUUAUCAUUAUUAUAAUAAGCUUCACCUAUAAACGCAUCGAUGCCUUCCCCUUCAGCUCGCAGACUCACAAUGGCCGCGAUAUCAAACUCACUAUCACUCAAGCACGGUUUCUCUCUGGCGCGUCCGCAACGUCCUUUUCUCACUCGAGCUCCUCCUUCUUCCACUUCAAUCAAAUUCAGAAGAUGCUACGCCGCGUUCGCCAAUGAGAAUCGCGAGUACGUGAUCGUUGGCGGUGGAAAUUCCGCGGGAUAUGCUGCACGCACUUUCGUCGAGCACGGCAUGGCGGAUGGACGCCUCUGUAUUGUGACCAAAGAGCCAUAUGCACCUUACGAGCGUCCCGCUCUGACGAAAGCGUAUUUGUUCCCGCCGGAUAAGAAACCAGCGCGUCUUCCUGGUUUUCAUACGUGUGUUGGAUCCGGUGGAGAGAGGCAGACUCCAGAGUGGUAUAAAGAGAACGGGAUAGAGAUGUUGUAUGAAGAUCCAGUAAAGGAUAUUCAUAUUGAAAAUCAAACUUUGACAACAAAUUCUGGAAAACUUCUGAAGUAUGGUUCGCUUAUUAUUGCAACAGGAUGUACAGCAUCAAGGUUUCCAGAGAAAAAUGGGGGAAACCUACCUGGUGUUCACUAUAUCCGGAAUGUUGCAGAUGCUGAUGCACUGAUUUUAUCAUUGGAAAAAUCAAAAAAGGUUGUAGUUGUUGGAGGUGGUUAUAUAGGAAUGGAGGUUGCUGCUGCUGCUGUUGGUUGGAAUCUGGAUACCACGAUCAUAUUUCCGGAAGAUCAACUUUUGCAAAGACUGUUUACUCCUUCUCUUUCCCGGAGAUAUGAAGAACUCUACCAAAAAAAUGGAGUCAAAGUCUUAAAGGGUGCCUCCAUAAAAAAAUUGGAAGCUGGUUCUAAUGGACAUGUAGCUGGUGUGAAACUCGGAGAUGGAUCUAUGGUGGAAGCAGAUACAGUUAUCAUAGGCAUCGGAGCUAAACCUGCUGUGAGCCCCUUUGAGAGGGUGGGCCUAAAUACAGAUGUUGCUGGUAUACAGGUUGAUGGUUUGUUCCGGACAAGCAUUCCUGGAAUCUUUGCUGUUGGUGAUGUAGCAGCUUUCCCUUUAAAGAUUUAUGACCGUAUCUCUCGAGUGGAACAUGUAGAUCAUGCCCGUCGCUCUGCACAGCACUGUGUGAAAGCAUUACUCAGCGCACAAACUCAAACGUAUGACUAUCUUCCAUACUUCUACUCGAGGAUUUUUGAAUAUGAAGGAAGCCCUAGAAAAGUAUGGUGGCAGUUCUUUGGAGACAAUGUCGGAGAAACAGUUGAAGUUGGAAAUUUUGAUCCUAAAAUAGCUACCUUCUGGAUUGGAUCUGGUAAGCUGAAAGGAGUUCUUCUUGAAAGUGGGAGCCCCGAGGAAUUUCAACUCCUGCCUAAACUCGCCAGAAAUCAACCUCUGAUUGACAUAGCUAAACUUCAAAACGCAACUACAGUGGAGGAGGCUCUAGAGAUUGCUCGGGCAUCCUUGCAAGCCGCUGCCUAAUAAUCUGGGCAAUAGCAUCCAGUCAUUUUUAUUCAUUUUCGGCCAGAUUAUCAGGAUCUGUCGUCAUCUGAGUAGGGAUUGCCCAUUUGGGAGAGAAUAAUUUUUAUUAUAUUCAGUCACAUGGCUUUAUUAAUGGGUUUGAACUGGAAUGACUGUCUUGGAUCUGAUUUAACGUCAUUUGGCAUCCAUGAAUAAUUUAAGAUAGUCUUUGCCUUCA